GAUUAAGUACGAGGUAUUGACAGGAGUAGUGACCAAAAUCAGUUUAGGAAACACUCACCCGUAAGCGGAGCGUAACUGUUAAUAUGGAGCGACAGAACAGUACCGGCAGUACAAACUCAACUUCAGAAGCUUUCGCUAAAAUGAAACUUCCAGAACUCACCAUCAUUACAGUGUUGUACUGCUUAUUGAUAAUAACUAUCAUAACCGGAAACGGACUUGUACUCACUUCUUUUUGGGUUAACCGGAAGUUAAGGACUGUCACUAAUACGUUGAUCAUUAAUCUAUCCGUGAGUGAUACUCUGGUGGGAUUGGUGUCUAUUCCUUGCUGGAUGUACAUCUUUCUGAGCCUCUCUAUAGAGCGUCCUUACACUAAAGCAGGUUACCAGUUCUAUAUCACCAUUGAUAUCUUCAUUGGGAGCGCGUGUAUUCUGCAGCUUACGUCCAUAAGUAUUGAGAGAUGCUACGCGAUUGUCAGGCCGUUACGUCACAGAACGUUGGCAAGGCGAGUUUUCUAUACCAUGAUCGCGAUUCCGUGGACUUACGCCACCAUGAUAGCGAGUUUACAACCAGUUCAAUUUCAACGCUGGACGGAAGUUUACACGAUUCUUAUGACGACUACGUGUUUUUUCAUACCUUUCGUUAUCAUCCUGGUGGCUUACAUCACUAUAUACGUGUACGCUCGCUCGGGGCCCAUGCGCAAACUUAAACACCACCGAGUCCACAAGAAAGCGUACAAAAACGAGAUAAGAUUAUCAGCGACGGUGGCAAUGAUCACUGGGUUGUUUGUUAUCGCCUGGUUACCACUCUUUGUGGUCAGCGUCAUGGCAACAUACUACCCGCAGGACCUCCCCUCCCCCCUGUGGACGGAUCGUCUGCUCAAGUUUGUCAAGUUUUGUCACUAUAGCCACAGCGCUAUUAACCCCUUCGUGUAUGCCUAUAGAAAUAAGGAGAUGAUUAAAACGUUUCGUUACAUUGGCUACAAGAUAAUAUGUAAGGAAUACAGUCUACAACAACCAGUAUCCACCGCCAUGUCCUUGGUCAGGUCAUAUCACAGAAGCACCUUUCAAUCCUCGAGCGGAAAAGAACAGCCUUCGCCGGAAAAUAACAACCAGGCAUCUGAUCAAACAGCACUUGUCCGGACAUCAACUGUAUGAAUUUUACAGGGUUGAAACUUAAUGGUGCAGGGCUACUCUUAAGAGGAACAAUAUCGCGGCGUUUUAUGAAAAUGUAAAAUUACAAGAUUCUGACCUAACUAAGUAUAUUCAAGAACUGCUUCAUGAAAUCUAGUGGCGUCACAAUAACCCUUCUUCUAGGGGAUGUCAGCGGCCCGAGGUACUUUUGCGAACAGCGCUGUUGUAACCCCAAUUGCCUUUGAAAAUGGAAUAAGAAACUUCUCUUACACUGAAAAAAACUUCUUUACUUCAACUAAUUCAUCUUGUCAAAUUAGUUUGUUUGUGUGUUUGCUUUUUAUUUGCAAUAGAAAGUAUGAAAGAAUCGCA